AGAAAAACACAAACUCAUGAAAAGAAGAAACACUGAUCAGAUGAUGAAGAUCACGGUGCUCUCAACCCUUUUACUAGGAUGUCUCUUGGUCAUGACUGUCCAAGGAGAUUCAUCAGCAGGAGUUGUUCCAGCGGUAACUGUAGUUGAGGAAGGGAAUAAAAACAAGCUUGGAGUGUCAUCUCAAAAGGAACCAUUUGUGAGAAGUGGAGCUGGUCACGUGAGGAAGCUGGGGCUUGGUGGAAAGAAAUUUGGCACAAAUGAGGUGACAAGUGUGGACUCUAAGAAUGGAAAAGGAGCAUAUGGAGGAGAGACUUCAAAGAUUUCAGGUAAGGAUGAUGAUGGUUUGAAGAAGUCUUCUGGAUCACGAGACCAAAAGAAUGAUGAUCAGAAGCUUAUGAUGAUGGGACCAAAGGAAUAUUUGAAAUCCACCAAGUUCUUCGUAGUUCCAAGAAGAAUUCCCACCAGCACGUACCCGAAGUCAUGUUCACAAGACUGCAUUAUUGCUGUGCCAGUUAAAUCCAGCUUAGGGAGUUCCUCAUCAAGUCAUGAACAUCAAAUUUCUGAAGAAACACCUCAGAAAGAUGAGACACAAAGAUUUGCUGACGCUGCAAAAGAGAUUGCAAACAUGAUGAAUAAGGAUUAUCAUGGAAGACCGAGUCACAGGCCACCAAUCAAUAACAAUGAGCCUAGAAAUUGAGAUUAUCAACAGUCAUAUUAAUGACAUAGAUAUAUGUAUCUGCUAGGCUCACAGUUUUGCACCAAGUUGUUGCGGUACCAACUACAUGGUAAUGGCCUAGAUAUAUAUAUGAUAUAGGUUAAUUUGCUUUUUUUUUAUUAUAGUUUAAUAUGUGGCACAAAGGCAUGCAAAACCAUAUAUAGGACUUAACAAAUACUUGUUCGUUUCAUUUCAUACUAAAAAUAGAUAUAUGUAGAACGCAUGCCGUUUGAGUGUUGUAAUUAAGUGUAUCAUCGUUACAUCUUUAAUUAUGUGAAUUAAUUAUGCCUAGCUUUGAAUAGUUA